AUGGCGUUAGCGGCUUACCUUCAAACUGAUGAAGCAUUAAUAAAACAAGUAGCUGCAUUUUGUAUUGAUAAUUUGGACUUAGACCUUACUGCUAGCAAAGACGUUGUCGCUGGGGUGUACAUGACAAUUGCAGCACUAACUAAGAUUUGA